AGGUCAAAGAUGUAAUAGCAGCGAUACUGUUAUUAUCGCUGGUAGAAGUUGUGUUAUAAAGUUUCUUCAGUUAUAAUUAUAUAAUUUUACAAAUUUUACAAAUUUUAGUACGAGUUUAGUUAUAGUACGAGUACAGUGUUAAUUAAAAUUAUCUAUAAAAUUGGAUUUUAAAAGUUGAUGUGUGAUAUAAGUGUUUAUAAAUACAAAAGUGUUAAAAUAAAAUUAUCCAUAAUACUAACUUGGAAAUAUUUUGUGUAAGCAUAUUACACAACGAUUAUACAUAAUUAGUGUUGAUAAAAACUGAAAGAAGAGACAAAACAAAGUUAAAGACUUUUAAAUCGUCAACAAUGAUUAUCACUUUACUUCUCUUAUGUGCUUUUACUCUAUUACUAUAUUACUUUAUUCAUUAUAUAAAAUUCGUGCGUUUAAUUAAUAAAAUACCAAGUAUGCCGGCACUUCCAGUGCUCGGCCAUACUAUAGAUUUAUGGCUGUGUUCACAAGAGAGUCUUUGGAAGCUUCAGCGUACACUUUGUAAAAGUUAUUAUCCAAUUUAUAAACUUUGGUGCGGUCCGAUUGCUUUUGUCAGCGUUCAUCAUCCAGAUGAUUUAGAGAAAAUACUAAGCAGUCCAAAGGAACAUCUUUCAAAAGGCUAUAUAUAUACUACUUUAUAUCCUUGGUUAGGAACUGGAUUACUUACUAGCGAAGGGAACAAAUGGCACAGAAGACGAAAGAUACUAACACCUGCGUUUCAUUUUAAUAUAUUAAAACAAUUUGUUGAGAUUCUGAUUGAAGAAGGAAACCGUAUGACGAAAUCUUUGAAAGAUAGAAAAGAAUCGACUAUUGAUGACUUAAUGCUCUUUGUCAGUCAUCAUACAUUGAAUGCAAUAUGUGAAACCGCUAUGGGUACUUCUUUGCAAGAUAUGGGCGAAUUUCAACAGCAAUAUCGCGAGGCAGUCCACGAAAUGGGAAAUAUCAUAAUUUAUAGAACAAUGAGACCGUGGUUAAAUCCCGAUAUGAUAUUUGCAUUAACGUCAAUGGGUAGAAAGCAAGCCAAAAAUCUAAAAAUAUUGCAUGGUUUCACCGAAAAAGUUAUUGCGGAAAGAAAACAAUAUCAUGAAAGCACUGACGGACAAUACUUGACGAAACAUUUUAAAGAUAAUGUAGAAGACGAUAAGGAGGUGAUAGGAAUUAAGAAAAAGCGGCUCGCUAUGUUGGAUCUUAUGCUGUUGGAAGCUGCUAAUAACGAAAUGAAUGAUUUAGACAUCAGAGAAGAAGUCGAUACCUUCAUGUUCGAAGGGCACGAUACUACAGCAAUGGGUCUGACUUUUGCAAUAUUAUUGCUAGCUGAACACAAAGAUGUCCAGGAAUGUGCAAGAAAUGAAGUUAGUGCAGUCAUACAAGCAAAUGAUGGAAAACUUACCAUGUCAGCAUUAAAUAAUAUGCCAUACUUGGAAAGAUGUUUGAAAGAAUCAUUGAGAUUAUAUCCUAGUGUUCCUUUCAUAUCGCGAGUCUUAUCAGAAGACGUAAAAACAGAAUCAUAUUUGAUACCUACUGGAUCAGUAAUGCACAUAAAUAUCUACGAUAUACAUAGAGAUCCCAAUUUCUGGCCAAAUCCAAAUGUAUUCGACCCAGAUAGAUUUUUACCUGAAAGAAUCCAAAAACGUCAUCCCUAUUCUUAUUUACCGUUUAGCGCAGGACCACGCAAUUGUAUAGGACAACGAUAUGCCAUGUUGGAACUGAAAGCUAUAAUAGCGUCGUUGAUACACAACUUUUAUCUAGAACCCGUCGAUUAUUUGAAGGAUCUUCGGUUUAUGUCAGAUUUGGUAACCCGUGUUACACAACCGAUCCAAAAACUUUGGAAUCUUCAACGUUCAGCCUCUAAGAAAUAUUAUCCAAUUUUUUCAUUUUGGUGCGGUCCGAUUGCUUUUAUUAGCGUUCAUCAUCCAGAUGAUAUAGAGAAAAUAUUAAGCAGUACAACGCAAAAUCUUGGAAAGGGCUAUUUGUACAGUUUUCUUAAUCCUUGGUUGGGAACUGGUUUACUCACCAGUGAAGUUAAGAAGAAACGACUUGCUAUGUUGGAUCUUCUGAUAGCAGCAGCUCGCAAUAACGAGAUAAAUGAUUCUGACAUUAGAGAAGAAGUCGAUACCUUCAUGUUCGAAGGACAUGAUACCGUAGCAAUGGGUUUGACGUACGCUAUAUUAGUGUUAGCUGAGCACAAGGAUGUCCAGGAGCGUGUUAGAAGUGAAGUUAGAACAGUAAUGCAUGAAAACAAAGGAAAGCUUACCAUAACAGCAUUAAACAAUUUGCAAUACCUAGAAAGAUGUCUAAAAGAGUCGUUAAGAUUAUAUCCCAGCGUUCCUUUAAUAUCGCGAGUCUUAUCGGAAGAUAUAAAAAUACAGUCAUAUCUGAUACCUUCUGGAGCAGUAAUGCAGAUUCAUAUCUACGACAUUCAUCGAGAUCCCAAUUUCUGGCCAAAUCCAGAUGUAUUUGACCCAGAUAGAUUUUUGCCUGAAAGAAUACAAAAUCGUCAUCCUUAUUCUUAUUUACCGUUUAGCGCAGGACCACGAAAUUGUAUAGGACAACGAUUUGCCAUGUUGGAACUGAAAGCCAUAAUAGCGUCGUUGAUAUAUAACUUUUAUCUGGAACCUAUCGAUUAUUUGAAGGAUCUUCGGUUCAUGAUGGAUAUAGUGAGCCGUGUUACACAUCCAAUUCGUGUACGAUUUGUUCCAAUCGAAUAAUUGCAAUCUGAAGUUAAUACGUAAUUUUGUUUGGCAAGAAGGAAGCAAUCACCUCUGUCUUAUCAAUAAAAGACCUAUCAAUAAAGAAAUUUUUAAAUAAAAAUUCUUUAAGGAAUUAUUAUGUAAUGUUACGUAUAUACUGUAUUUACACUUUUGUUGAAAAAUGCUGCAGCAUUAUUUAAUUUGUAAUGAUACUUAUAAAUAUAUUGAUUAUCUAUUA